GGACUAAACUAAACAUAGAAAUCACUUCCAAGAUAUUUGGGUGCCUGAAAGGCUGAAACUUAAGCUACAUUCAUUUCUUCCUCUCUCUCUCUCUCUCUCUCCAUCAUGGAUUCACAGUGCAUGCCUUCAUCUCCCUCUCUACAUCCCAAAAUCCACAGAAAUGCAAAAUUAAAUCCAUCAUGGGAAGCAAUUCAUCUAAGGAAAAGAACAAUUUGCUUCAAAUCCAGGAUCAGUUACUACACUUGCUUCUGCCUCCAUAAGCAAGAGCAAAAUUCAUCCUUUACUAGGAAACCUAAUGCUAGAAAGGCAAAGAAAUAUUUCUCACAAUUGAGGGAAGAGCCUAGCAAGGUAGCUAAGAAGAAGGGAACUAUUGCUGGCGCUGUUGCUCUCAUUAUAGGAACUAGUAUUGGUUCAGGGAUACUUGCACUCCCAAAGAAAGCUUCCCCUGCAGGACUGGUUCCAAGUUCAAUAACAAUGAUAAUAUGUUGGGCAUUUCUUCUAAUUGAAGCACUUUUACUUGUUGAAGUCAAUGUGGCUCUACGGAAGAAGAAAAGAAAAAAUGAGGAAGAGGAUGAACUGGAGGUCAUUUCUAUUAGGACCAUGGCCCAAGAAACCCUAGGAGAGUGGGGUGGAACUCUAGCCACUGUGACCUAUGUAUUCUUGGGCUACACUUCCAUGAUUGCCUAUAGUUCCAAGUCCGGCGAUAUCAUUUUCCAUUUGAUCAAUCUUCCGGCCUCAAUUUCAGGCAUUUUCUUCACUUCGGUCUUCACCAUGCUCAUCUCCAUUGGUGGGACUCGUGCCACUGAUCAAGCCAACCAGUGGCUCACUACUUCCAUGAUAGGUCUACUUUUAGCAAUUGAGGUGUUAGCAGUUGUCUCUGGAGGGUGGGCUGGAUUGGGGGGAAGUGGUGACUGGGGAAAAGUUCCAGCUACAAUUCCUGUCAUUAUUUUUUCCUUGGUAUAUCAUGAUCUUGCACCUGUUCUUUGUGCUUAUUUGGGUGGUGAUCUUACACGCAUAAGGACUUCAGUCUUGCUUGGUAGUCUUGUUCCAUUGCUGGCAUUGCUUGUUUGGGAUGCAGUAGCACUUGGCCUCUCAGCACAGUCCGACCAAGUUGUUGACCCUGUUGAAUUGCUCAUGAGGGUGAAAUGGAGUGGUGUUUCAAUUAUGGUUGAGGCCUUCUCUCUCUUGGCGGUUGGGACAUCACUAAUUGGCACACUCUUGAGCUUCUUCGAGUUUUUUAAGGAGCAACUUAAUAACUUCACAUGGCAAUUUCCCUCAACACAACUACCACAACAGGGAAACAAGCUUUUUGGACUGAGAAAAUGGUGGGGAAGGAAUAAAAGCUUCACAGCAAUGACAAUGGCUGUCACUCCAGCUCUUUUUGUGUCAUCUACUGUUCCAGAUGCAUUCUCAUCUGCUACUGACAUUGCUGGGGGCUACUGUAUGACAAUUCUUUUUGGAGUUCUUCCACCGGCAAUGGCGUGGGCAAUGCUUAACAGAGAAGCUGAGGAUCCUAAACAAAAGGCAUUUUCAAAAGCUAGACCUUUACUCCUAGGAGUAGGACUAUUUGCAUGUUGCAUAGUGAUAGAGCAAAUCUUGCAGGAUAUCCUAUUAUUUGGCUCCUAGUGAGAUCAACUUCUGGAAACAUGAUGCAAACAAAUUCUUCUAAAGCACCUGCAAUUCUGCUUCUUCAAGAAUAAAAUAUCAAAUUCCUUGCA